AUGCGAACUCGAUCGAGUCGGUCUACAGAGGACUUGGUCGAGCUAGACUUUACAACGGGUAGAAAGAGGGUUCAGAGUUCACAAAGGGUACAAGAGGAACCUGAGGAUGCCAUCAAGUUGAGACUCUUCCCUAUGUCUCUUUCUUACAAGGCUCACCAAUGGGAGAAGAGCUUGCCCCAUGGCACAAUCACCACUUGGGAUGAAUGCAAGAAGGCCUUUCUUGCUAAGUUUUUCUCCACCGGUCGCACAGCCAAGCUAAGAAGUGAGAUCUCGAGUUUCAUACAGAGGAAGAACGAGACUUUUGCUGAGGCUUGGGAGGGGUUCAAAGGGUAUAGGGAGAUGCUAGACACAGCUAGCAAUGGGAACUUCCUCAACCAGGAUGUAGAUGAUGGCUGGCAACUCAUCGAGUCAGACGAGAAGUUGAGAAAAGAUGUUAAGGCAUUGAAUGAGAAGUUGGAUAAGCUGGUCUUAGCUCAGUCCACUAUGAAGAAGGUCAACUUUGUGUCUGCUGAAGAGAUGGAAGAGGUCGAAGAAGGGGAGGAUACACAAUUUGCUGAGGACCAAGUCUAUCCUCAACAACAAGCAGCUCGAUCGAGUCAAGCGCCACAACAUGGGUAUGGUCAAAAGAACAAUUACCAAGGACCCCAAGGGACUUUCCCUGGACAACAAAUGAAUAUACCACCAGGCUUUCCCCACCAACCAACCCAGCCUGCACCUACGCAAGAGAAUGAGCUCAAGGCAAUGCUGAAACAACUGCUGCAAGGGCAAGCCGAUGGGGUAGUGGACACAAGCAAGAAGCUAGCUGAAAUAAACUCCAAGAUCGAGAAUCUCAACACAAGAGUUUACUCUCUGGAGAAUCAUGCUUCUUCAGUUGCUGCUGCUACAAAGCAAGGGCAACUACCUGGUAAAGCUAUUCAGAACCCCAAGGAACAGUGCAAGGUCAUCUUCACUCAAGAAGGACUUGUUGAAAAAGAGGAUGAAGAGAGGGUCAUUGAAGAUUUUUGUUUACUGCUGAAUAAUCGCGGGAUCAGGUCUUCCCCUUUCCUAUCCCUGAUUCUGCAAGUGCACAGGUCAGAAGUAGUAAACGGGUAUCGAACACAAGGACCAGAUUGCACACUACAAGUUAUGAGUUUGAGAACAAGCUAG